CGACCCGAACCCCAGACCAACCCAAUCCACAACGCAUCAGAGGAAGGGGAGGGAGCGGCCUGAGCUGGAGGUAGUUUCUUCAACUUUCAAGCUUUUCAAAAAGACUUCAGCCCACUUUCUUCUCUUCAUCCACCACGCCAAUCAACUCAAAUACCCCACGCACCACCUCUCACGGCGGAGCUUCAGCAAUGGCCCCUCAAGAACCGCCGGAGCAGCAGCGGUUGCUGCUCAACUGCCCGCCCGAUACUGACGAGGAAGAGUCGGCCUACGACAAGACCGAGAAAGUCCACAUCGUCGGAGUCGGCGAGGGGGACGACGACGACGGCGACUGGGACAAGACGCCGCCAUUCUCAUGGAAGAAGAUGUGGCUCUUCACCGGCCCCGGCUUCUUGAUGAGCAUAGCCUUCCUGGAUCCCGGGAACCUGGAGGGCGAUCUCCAGUCCGGCGCCAUCGCGGGGUACUCUCUGCUGUGGCUGCUGCUCUGGGCUACCGCCAUGGGCCUCCUCGUCCAGCUCCUCUCCGCCCGGCUCGGCGUUGCCACAGGCCGCCACUUGGCCGAGCUUUGCCGCGAGGAGUACCCCAAGUGGGCCCGGCUGCUGCUCUGGGUGAUGGCUGAGCUGGCCCUUAUCGGCUCCGAUAUUCAAGAGGUCAUCGGGAGCGCGAUCGCCAUCAAGAUUCUCAGCAACAACGUUAUUCCGCUCUGGGCUGGAGUCACCAUAACUGCUUGCGAUUGUUUUGUCUUUUUAUUUCUUGAGAACUAUGGUGUAAGGAAACUGGAAGCAGUUUUUGCUGUUCUUAUUGCAAUUAUGGCACUGUCAUUUGCGUGGAUGUUUGGUGAAACAAAACCCAGUGGAGUGGAACUUCUUCUUGGUGUUUUAAUCCCAAAACUUAGCUCAAAAACAAUACAGCAGGCUGUGGGUGUCGUGGGUUGCAUUAUCAUGCCUCAUAAUGUAUUCUUGCACUCUGCCCUUGUACAAUCGCGAGAGAUUGAUCACCGCAAGAUUGGCCGUCUUCGAGAAGCCCUAAAGUAUUACUCCAUAGAGUCAACAGCUGCUCUUGCAAUCUCCUUUGUAAUCAAUUUAUUUGUUACUACUGUGUUUGCAAAGGCAUUUUAUGGUACUUACGUGGCUAAUAGCAUUGGACUCGUAAAUGCCGGGCAGUAUCUUCAAGAGAAAUUUGGGGGAGGAUUAUUUCCCAUACUUUAUAUUUGGGGUGUUGGAUUAUUAGCUGCUGGACAAAGUAGCACAAUUACUGGAACUUACGCAGGGCAGUUUAUCAUGGGAGGUUUUCUGAACUUGCGUUUGAAAAAAUGGCUCAGGGCAUUGAUAACGAGAAGCUUUGCUAUUGUCCCAACCAUGAUAGUUGCUCUUGCUUUUGAUACCUCAGAAGCCCAGUUAGAUGUUCUGAAUGAAUGGCUUAAUGUUCUUCAGUCAGUUCAGAUCCCUUUUGCACUUAUUCCCCUUCUCUUUUUGGUGUCCAAGGAAGAGGUCAUGGGUGUUCUCAAAAUUGGGACUGUUCUAAAGAUGGUUUCAUGGCUUGUGGCUGGAUUGGUGAUAGUGAUCAAUGGGUAUCUUUUAGUGGAAUUUUUCUCUUCUGAAGUGAACGGAUGGUUGUUUGGUGCGGUGGUAUCUGGUUUUACAGUUGCAUAUGGUGCGUUUAUUAUUUAUCUCAUAAUACAUGGCGUUAAUCUUCCGAAUUGGCUUGCCUUUGCGCGUACAAAGAGGGCCAUAAACAUAGGGAAUUGAUGAAUCUCUUCCAGUAGCAACGUCUGAAUGUGAAUUGUAGAACCAUGCUGCUUCACAGAGUGAGCUGGUAACCUGACAUUGCAUGACUAAUCAUUAGUUUGGGGCAAAUCAAUUCUUCUGAGAACUAUACACAUCUCUAGGGAUUAGAUGUGUGCCUGUGAAGUCAGAAGCAGCAAGUUAUUGUAGAUCCAGUGUGUCGUACGAAAGGACCAUUUGCAUGUCCUCUUUGAGCCUGAUCGUUACCGGCCUUUCUAAAUGGAAGACAAAAAUACUAGAUUAGGAUGCUAAGUGGCCAUACUUAUCUUGCCCUGUGAAAGAUGCAAAGACAGUGAUGCUGUAUUGUAAUGCGAUGACAUUUUAUGGUUUAGAACUUGGCAAUGUUAAACAUUUCCUCGGUAUUAUGCUUUGAA